CCGGCCACGCAACCAGGGCAGCUCAGCAUCUCGGCUGUCAAGUCAAUCGCGCCAUGGUUGCAGAAUAGACACGACAAAGUCUCCAAUCACAAUGGUCGCCCACCUCCACCCGCGCUCGCGGUCCACAAUGUCGCUCUUCAGCGGCUGCCUCGCCAUUUGCUUCGCUGUCGUGGCUGCUCCUCACGUCCUUCCAUGUCCCGUCGACAAGACACAGCUCAACGAUAGCCCCCCGGCAGGCGGCGAACCGAGACGCCGCAGACGUCGCAAGCAAGCCGCUCCAUCACCCGACUCGGAUCUCCAAGACGACAACGACAUGAGCCAGUUGGACCGCCCGAAGCGCGAAUGCCCUGUACCCAAGCCUAGUGGUCUCAUUGGCCAGGCCAUGGGUUUCAAGCCUCAAGAACAACGACAAAACCCCACUGUCAUCAUCCAAACGUUACGGGAACGACACGCCAGACAAGACUCCGGGUCCAGCGACAAGUCUGUCUAAGAGAAUAGGACGAAGAAGAAUCUCUCCACUUCUGUUUCAUGUACAUACAAUUUGCGCACCAAUCAGCCGACCACCAACACUCUCUCUGGUCAGGAUAUAUAUACCCCCCUUCAUUCCGAAACAAUGUACAUUAGACGCUAUCCAAACACAAAAGUUACGAACACCCGCUU